GCUAUCUACUUCCUAAUGUCCUUUUCAUAUCUUUUUAUACAUCUUGGUUUGUAUUGGAAGCAUUCUUCCUUACCAUUCCUAUUGUGGGCCUCUGAUGUUGUAUCCGUUAUUGUUGUUUUGUUAUUUUGUUAUGUUGGGUUGCUAGGCAAUGAGCGAGAAGAAGAUUUUCGUCUUUCAGAACCUCUUUUGGAAACUAGUUCCAACCGAAACAAUGGUGACGACAAACAAGGAUCAAGUGUGGGUGGAGAGAGUGUAACUCCUUAUGCAAAUGCCAAUCUUAUAAGUUUGUUUACUUUCUCUUGGAUGGGCCCUUUGCUUGCAUUGGGGUAUAAAAAAACAUUGGACCUUGAAGAUGUUCCUCAGCUUGCCAAUUGUGAUUGUGCCAAUGUGAUCUUUUCUCAUUUUAGAAAUAAAUUUGAAUAUGAUGGUAAUGACGGUGGAGAUGGUGGUCAGGUGAGCACCUUUAAGUUGGCAAAGGUAUUGAUUCUCUCAAUGUGGAAAGAAAUUCUAUGGACGGCUCUACUCUCCAUUUUAUUCACAUUGGCUUCUUAUGUUGGACCAUACUUUAUUGAUGCUUUUGUUCAGUAUCUCAAUAGUCCUCACAAACUAAAAUAUAAAGGCUAUGUGCUGGUGUUUAUAUUCUUUCUUUCAAAGCUCAUAAAUUGCCUCUCAAAGAGGCAUUUAUUCUUUCAAUUGCGAAAGAUGGCAAUUAGGGUCCGUGCUGCCUUAUUCUCAAUAAUCUAUAGAAAGGGUCUUAGGCUUUCGAGCCAAUCAAAGCAGAGCCACACUAGUGGGGAGAACACUAAUCUAAUGAAUGUUGAUGUUGAGAGGAUUGGCCUUUUCUGUUGGUACUUGCAUGAUAUAUGGAGGGUGCCUAUUGAGGUUGUUCUAGCAUUAUUAAUCUUGUACAAGAGCCUUGGGAUUGCUUCACUUGCAGCUUUUGUUGCCACAAUAGUUUUGAUGCUAGCAAAUGUUCCACUGGGAAAACUACAGGAGAAAUUUCAGGGGGAACUGAUGGAUUCAAAAGAUAGAAGGAUGAAGGUGACAUCUGAGGCUCUAAGGAAUAUGCGAAUUCUCAAGCUCCAAGGCUGGGAGAUGAAGUUCUUGGCUAAGAUAAUUGAGCUUAGGAACUCUGAAACAAAAUGGUUAAAAAAGUUACGUUAUACAUCAGCUAUUAGUGCAUUUGUCUACUUUUCUGCUCCCAUGUUUGUAUCUAUGGUCACUUUUGGGUUUUGUAUCCUUAUAGGAAUUCCACUAGAGUCAGGAAAAAUUCUAUCUGCACUUGCCACAAUUGAGAUAUUACAAGAGCCUAUUUAUACUCUCCCAGAUACAAUCUCCAUGGUAGUUCAGACUAAAGUUUCCUUUGACAGGAUAGUCUCAUUCCUUUGUCUUGAUGAUCUUCAUCCAAAUAUAAUACAAAAGCUUCCAAAAGAUGGAGCCGAGGUUGUAAUUGAAAUAGUCAAGGGGAAUUUUUCUUGGGACCUUAAUUCCCCUAAUCUCAUAUUAAAAGAUCUUAAUUUUCGAGUGUACCAUGGAAUGAAAGUGGCUAUUUGUGGUUCUGUUGGGUCAGGCAAGUCAAGCCUACUUUCAUGUAUAUUAGGGGAGGUGCCGAAGGUAUCUGGAGCUAUUGAGUUGAAUGGGACAAAGGCAUAUGUUGCACAAUCACCUUGGAUACAAAGUGGCACGAUAGUAGACAAUAUAUUGUUUGGGAAGGAAAUGGACAAGGAAAGAUAUGAGAAGGUCCUUGAAGCAUGUUCAUUGAAGAAUGACCUAGAAUUGUGUACCUUUGGGGACCAGACUGUUAUAGGGGAGAGGGGGAUCAAUUUGAGUGGUGGGCAGAAGCAAAGGAUCCAGAUUGCACGUGCUUUAUACCAUGAUGCUGAUAUUUAUCUUCUUGAUGAUCCUUUUAGUGCUGUGGAUGCUCACACAGGAGUUCAUCUUUUUAAGGAGUGUUUGCUGGGAAUUUUAGGUUCAAAAAUAGUAAUUUAUGUUACCCAUCAAGUAGAGUUUUUACCUUCUGCUGACCUUAUCCUGGUUAUGAAAGACGGAAGGAUUACUCAAGCAGGAAAAUAUGAAGAAAUUCUUAGUUCAGGUACUGACUUUAUAGAGUUAGUGGGUGCACAUGAGAAAGCUUUGUCAGAUUUUAAUUUUGUUGAACAUGGGGCUGCUUUAGAUAAUUUAGUUGAUGGUGAAGAAGACAAUAAUAUGACGUGUAGAGAGAAAUCUACUCAAAAUGAUGAGGAAAGGGAACCAAAAAAUGGCAAAACAGAAAAAUUGGUUGGGCCAGAAGGGCAACUUAUCCAAGAAGAAAAGAGAGAAAAGGGUGGAGUUAGUCUUUCAGUCUAUUGGGAGUAUAUUACCACUACAUAUAAAGGGGCUUUUGUACCAUUGAUAUUGGUGGCACAAAUUCUUUUUCAGCUUCUCUUAAUAUUUAGUAGUUACUGGAUGGUAUUGGCAACUACCGUUUCAACGGAUAAAAGACCUCAUUUUAAGGGAUCCACAAUCAUCUUUGGUUUUUUUGCUUUGACCCUUGGAAGCACCCUUUGUGCAUUUGUAAGGUCUAUGCUCGUUGUAAUUGUUGGAUACAAGACAGCUACUAUGCUUUUCAAUAAAAUGCAUUUGUGCAUUUUUCGUGCUCCCCUGUCAUUUUUUGAUUCUACUCCAAGUGGAAGGAUCUUAAACCGGGCAUCCAUAGAUCAAGGUGCACUUGAUACCUCCAUCCCACAUGAAAUUGAAGCAUUUCUUAUUUCAAUCACAGCGCUCAUGGGAACUAUUGCAGUAAUGUCACAGAUUGCAUGGAAAAUAUUAAUAGUUUUUAUUCCUAUGACUGUGACAUGCAUUUGGUACCAGGUAAUUCUAUAG